AAUAGUCAAAAAAGACUCUCUCUGAUUUGUCUGAAGAACUAAGAAACCGAAUCGCUUCAUUUUGUUUUCCCGAAAAAUUUUAGGAAAGAGAAGAGAAUAGAGAAGGCAGAGAGAGAGAGAGAGAGAGAGACCGAGCAAAAAUAAAAUAAAAGAGUUUCUUCGCCGUCUGAGUGGGAAAGAUGGCGGAGGAUUUCGCUAGAGCGGUGGACGAUGGGCUUAAACUCGCGAAACGGAUUUAUUUCGGGAAAGACAGGGCCGUCGCGGCUCCGAGACCACCUGCGCCGAUGGAGAGAUCGGCUACGACGCAGCCUUACCUUCCUACGGCUCCCAUGGUUUACGCCGUUAUACCCGACCCGGGAAUUGUGGAUAACCCGGAUUUACCUAGCUAUCAGCCUCACGUGCACGGCAGGUGCGACCCACCUGCUUUGAUUCCUUUGCAGAUGAAUUCGAUUGAGCUCGAUGUUGAUUGUUACCUCGAUACCGCUAUCGUCACCGUCACCGGAUCGUGGCGGGUUCACUGCGUUAUGGGAAGCAAGAGAUGUGAUUGCCGAAUCGCGAUUCCCAUGGGGGAACAGGGUUCAAUUCUAGGUGUUGAGGUUGAGAUUCCUAGAAAAUCUUACACAACUCAGUUGAUAACAGCCGACGAUGAAAAUGAAUUUGAGAAAACGGCACAUCCUGAAACUGGAGGCUUCUUGAAACCAAACAUAUUCACUCUUACAAUACCACAGGUUGAUGGAGGUACCAACCUCUCUAUCAAGAUGUCUUGGUCUCAGAAGUUGACGUAUAAUGAAGGGCAGUUUUUUCUUGAUAUUCCUUUCAGCUUUCCUGAGUAUGUGACUCCUGCGGUUAAGAAAAUCUCCAAGAGGGAAAAGAUUUAUUUGAGUGUUAAUGCUGGUACUGGAACUGAAGUUCUCUGCAAAGGAUGCAGUCAUCAACUUAAGGAAAAAUUGCGGAGUGCAGGGAAGUUGAGGUUUGCAUAUGAAGCUGAUGUUUUAAAGUGGUCCAACACAGACUUUAGCUUUUCUUAUACGGCCUCUUCAAGUAGUAUAGUUGGUGGACUAUUCCUUCAAUCUGCUCCUGCUCACGAUGUUGAUCAGAGAGACAUAUGUUCUUUCUAUCUUUUUCCAGGAAAGCAACAAAAAACAAAGGCAUUCAAGCGGGAGGUAGUAUUUGUUGUUGACAUAAGUAAAAGCAUGACUGGAAAACCUCUCGAGGAUGUAAACAAUGCGAUAUCCACAGCUCUAUCAAAGCUUAAUCCUGAAGAUUCCUUCAAUAUUAUCACUUUCAGCGAUGAUACUUCUCUGUUUUCGACUUCGAUGGAGUUGGUCACUCCUGAUGCUGUUGAAAGAGGCAUUGAGUGGAUUAACAAGAACUUUGUCAUCGCAGAUGGUACAAACAUGCUCCCUCCCCUAGAGAAGGCUGUUGAAAUGCUUUCGAAUACUCGUGGCUCUAUUCCUAUGAUCGUUUUCGUAACAGAUGGGUCUGUUGAAGAUGAGAGACACAUUUGUGAUGUAAUGAAGAAACAUCUUGCUAGUGCUGGAUCAGUGUGUCCACGAAUACACACUUUUGGAUUAGGUGUGUUCUGUAACCACUACUUCCUGCAAAUGCUUGCAAAUCUAUCCAGGGGCCAGCACGAAUCAGUUUAUAAUACAGAUCACAUUGAGGAACGACUGGACAAACUGUUUACAAAGGCUUUAUCCACAGCUCUUGUUAAUAUAACAAUUGAGCCUCUGCAGAGUCUAGAUGAAGUUGAGGUAUACCCCUCAAAUAUUCCGGAUCUGACGUCUGCAAAUCCAUUGAUGAUAUAUGGAAGAUACCGAGGAAAGUUCCCUGAGAAUGUGAUAGCAAAAGGUCUGCUAGGAGAUUUGAGCAGCUUUUCUGUAAACUUGACUGUACAAAGUGCAAAAGACAUGCCUCUUGAUAAAGUAUUUGCAAAGAAUGUGAUCGACUUGCUUACUGCUGAGGCAUGGUUCUCUGAAGACAAACAGCUAAAAGAGAAGAUUGCUAAACUAAGCAUCCAAACCAGCGUACCAUCCGAGUAUACUAUAAUGAUCCAAUUAGAGCACACAGAAGAAUUGAAACCCAGCGACACUGCCGGAAAGAAAAAGACAUCAAACAAUGGCGAGAAACAGAAGAUGAUAUCAAGAACGAUCCCGCUACAAAGCCUUGGGAUAGGAUUUGGUGAUAAAACAGCCACCAGAGAGAAUGUUCCACCAGGAUUUGGUGAACAGAAAGCACCUGAUGCUGCUGAGAAGUUUGUCAAGGCUGCUUCGAGCUGUUGUGUGUCAUUGUGCAACAAAUGUUGCUGCAUGUGUUGUGUCCAAUGCUGCACUAAGCUCAAUGAUCAAUGUGUCAUUGUCUUUACGCAGCUCUUCACUGCGAUUGCUUGCCUUGCCUGCUUUGAAUGUUGCUCAGCUAUUUGCUGCUCUGGAGACGACGGGUAGUUAUAAUGUUAAAAAAGAAAACCGGUUUUGAAUUCAAGUGUAAAGCUUUUUAAGUUUCAAAGUAAGUUUGUACAUUUACAUACACAUUGCAUGUACGGCCUCAUCAAAUAUAAAAGCUGUGUUUUUUUUUCUUUUUUUUUGUAAAGUUGCUUCAGGGGAGUAAAGUGUAAAAAGAAUGAGACAAAUCCACGUGUUUCUUUCACAA